AUGCUGGCAAAUAUGAACGGGCUAGCUGCACCGACACCGCCAGCCGUCGCUCAACCGACCGCGAGAACCGUGCCUUCGCUUACGCGCACGUCCGCGCCGCCUUCUUCGGAUAUGCUCGAGUGCAGCACGUCGCCAACAAACAUGUCCGGCUCGGACGUUUCCGGGCUGUCUUCCUCUGAACUGGCUGCGAUUCUCUUAGCAGGACAACAAACUUCCGUGAAACAGGAAUUCCCGGAGCCACACGUGAAAUCGGAGCUGCCACCUAUGGCGAAUCCUCUUUUCGGAAUGUCCGAUGCAGCUGCUUUGUUACAGUUUCUCCAGGCACAACAGGCUGUUGCCCAGUUCCAUGCCCAAGCGCAAGCAGCUGCUCAGCAACGAGCCGCCAUCCAGCAACAACAACAGUCAACACCACCGGAAAGGAAAAGAUCGUACCCGUGCACCUUUCAAUUCUGCGUGAUCUGCCAAAAGGACGUGCACUCCUCGAAGCUGCCGUGCCACAUCCGACAGUGCCAUGUCGCCAAACCGAUGUUCCAGUGUCCAGCCUGCGAUUUCACGUCGACGUAUUCGAAGAACAACGUGAAGAGUCACAUGGUCUCUCUGCACGGUUUAGCUGGGGACCCUAUCAGUUACAUGGAUAAAUAUGCGGCUCAAGUGGACGAGUUCAUGAAGAUGUGCUUCCCAAACGUUCGUGGUCGUGGACGUCCGAUGCAGGGCCGAUCGUCGCCGCGUUCACCCACCAGCCCACAGCAGUCUGCUGUUCGAAGAAGUAGCCAACAGAGUUCGGCACUUCGUCGUCCGUCGAUGGUGCAUCCACAGCACGAGAUGCUUGCUCUUCAACAACAGCAGGCCCUGCUGGCCGCCGCUCAGAGCAUGAAUCCGCUCUCGAUUUUCCCUCAAAUGGUCAACAACAACAAUAAAUUGACUUCUGCUGCAUUGGAUCCAAAGCUGACACAAUCUGAGUGUAAGGUCCCGAAGCUGGAGAGUGCGGAUUCGUUGGACAACGGAGUUUCCUCGUCCGGAUCAGCUGAAGACGUACGAAAUAAACUGAUGGGUGGGAGGACGUUGUCGAAUUUAGUGUUAUCCAUGCGACCACAGACGUCUCGGCCAGGAGAAUCCGUGCAACCCAGAUAUUUAAAAACAAUCCCUGCGUGUACUGUACUCGGCGAAGAACAAGUUAAAGAUACAGUAUUUGACACAGUACCGACAGCGUUAACUUGUGAGGUUGUCGAGUAUGUUCACGAACAAAUCGAAGAGGACAGUUCACUUCUCAGCGAGGAGCAACAUCAAAAGGUGACCGACCUUAUGAAGAAAGUCAACCUGAAAAAAUUCGAGAUCGAAUUCUCCAUACACAGUGUUGGCAGGCUGGACAUGACGGUUCUACCGCUGGAACGCGCUUCACUGGUGCUGGAAGCCGUUCCGUCAGCGGCUGAUGUGGAGCGGAUUCGGCGGUUCACAUAUGCCCAUCCAAACACUCAGUGGACAGAAGCCGAGCAGUUCGUGAUUGAUUUAGCUGGUAUCGAACGAGCGGAGGAAAAGCUUAUGGUCAUGGUGCACACGGCAUCGUUUGACAGCUCCAUAAGCAUCAUUAAUGAGCAGUUGGACGCCUACGCGAACGCUGCAAAACUCAUCCACGAGUCCGAGCAGUUGCGAUUAAUCCUUCAAGCAAUUCUUGCCCUACUGAACCAUCUCAACGGCUCUUCGAUGGCAGAGAAAGUGGUUGGAGGCUUCUGUACAAGUCAACUAACUGAGAUAUGCGCGGCACAAAUCACUGGCGGUGCCUCGGUGCUUCAGACGGUUGCUGCCUUCAUUCAUGAUCGAGCACCGUACGCGACUGACGUGGUCGAUUUGGUUGAUCCGCUCACGACUGCUGCGAAAGCUCCAUUCUUGUCUAUCUACGACUCACUUCUUCACCUAGAUGAAGGGAAUCAACGGGUUCAACUUGAGCUGGAGCAGCUAGACUUCGAACAUCCUGUGCUCGCAGUGCGACUCAACGAAAUGCGUCGCCGACUCGAGGAAAUGGCCGAGAAACUUAUUCGAGUGAAGGACCAGGUACUUGCCAUGCUAUCGUACAUGGGCGAGGCGCUACCUCGUACGGAAGCUGAAUUUCGCCCAGAAGUCUACCUUUUAAAGCUCUGUGAUUUUCUCUCCUCACUCCGCCUUCACAACGAGUUGGACGUCGAGGUGGAGAACUAG